GGGGUAGCCCUGGCCUGACCCGCGAGAGGUGCGGGGGCGGGGAGGUUACUACGUGCUUUUGGUCGCCUGUUUUUUUACGGUCGGCACUUGCAACGAUCGACAAAAUCUCGGGAAGAUUCAGGAAAACACCGCCGGAAAUCGUAGUAUCCAUAGAGACGGUGUCGGAAGUUGAGGUUGCUAGGAGGCCUUGGUCGCAUCGACUGACAUGUCUGAAGUCCCCAAAGAUUAUAAUUCUGACUCCAAUGAGAGUCUGAGUCUGCAGCCUAAAAUAACUAAAUCUGGUAACUUACAUAAUGCUAAAGCAGACACCAUGUUUAAGGUAAGCUCUGAGCUGUCCCCGAAAACUGGCCAAGACCCAGGAAAUGUGCUACCAGAGUCAACCAGGACACGCAAGGAGGAUUUGAAAGUGCCAGAUCUACAGUCACCAGACGUUUCAGUAGGUGUGCUCAAAGGACCACCUACAGAAACAAACACACAGCUACCAACAAAAACAGAUCCAAAGCGGAAGACACCAGAUUUUCAGAGUGAAAAACCAAGAAAAUCAGUUAAAGAGGAAGACCUGUCUCCAUCCAAGAUGACCAAUUUGGAAAAGAAACAAAAAGAGUCAGCUAAAGAAAAAAGGGCAGAGCCAUAUGAAGUAACUAAACCUAAGUUCUCAGACCGGAAGCUAAGAAAGUCUACUGAGGAAGCAGAUCUCAAGCCUCCAGAGGAGCGUCAGGUCAAGGCCACAGAGCAACCUGAGCAGAAUAAGUUCCCAGACAAGAAACUAAGACCGUCAACUAAAAAGAAAGUCUCAGAGCCACUGUUGGAUUUUGGAGAAGAAUCAAGAAGACCAAGUGAUGAAGCAAGUCCAGAACCAUCAGGAAAAAGAACAUCAAAAGCUUCGAAGAAAGCACACAAAAGCUCUUUUGAUGAAAAAUUUCCAGAGGUGCUAGAAGAGAUUACUCAAGGACUACUAGAAGAGAUAAAAUCAGAUGUCCAACUGGAGACAGAAGAUGAGUCAAUUUCGGAGAAAGUUCCAGAGCCAUUAGGGGACAGGAAACCAACAGCUCAAAGGCACAAGCUGAAAAGAUCAAGUGGAGAGUCUAAAUUAAAGGACACGUUAUUAGAGCCAAGUAAGGAGAGGGAUUCGGUGCGGCAAACACAGACUGAGCCACAAUUUCCAAAGGAGAAACUAACAAAAUCAACUGAGAAAACUGGCGACGAGACACCACUGCAGAUACCUAAUCCAGACAUUCAAGAGAAGUCACAGGCAGAACCAACCAAAAAAAGUCUAGAGUUACCAAAUGAACCCCAGCUAGAAGAGAAGACGACAGAAUUUCCCAAGGAAGACAGUUCAAAAUCAAGCAAACCUAAGUAUCCUGUGGACAAACAUGAGAUAGCGUUCUCUGACAAUCACACAAAGUUGUUAGAAAAAAAAACCGCCAAGAUUAAAACGGACUUUUUAGUAAGAACUCCUAGAGAAAGUGGAGAAUCCUUCAGUACAGUUUAUGAAGCACAUGAAUUCCUCAAAGACCUUCAGGCUGAUAUGAAUGAACUGUUUCCAAUGAUUCCUGCUUCAGAGUCUCAGACAGAACUGAGGGAUUCUAUAGCUUUACCCCAGGAGGUGGCAACACUACUAACACAUAAAGAAUCCAAGCCAAGUCUUAGCACACAGUUUGAGCACCUUAACUGGAGCCCAGAAAGAGUUGCAGAGUGGAUUAGUGAUCUAGGCUUCCCUCAAUACAAGGAGUGUUUUACUGAAAACUUCAUCAGCGGUCGAAAACUCAUCCACGUAAACUGCUCCAACCUGCCUCAGAUGGGAAUAACUGAUUUUGAAGACAUGAAGGCAAUAUCGCACUAUACUCGACAGCUUCUGGGGAUCGAAGAGCCACAGUUCAGCCGCAGCAUCAGCCUUCCCUACAGGGACAACAUUGGCUUAUUCUUAGAGCGGAAAGGGCACAGUGGGGUAAAGUCUGAUGCCUUGACCUUGUCAGAGUUUGUUGAAGCAUCAGGAUUACAGGAGUAUAAUCCAGAGAUAAAAACUGAGGAGAAGAAUGAAGACCCAGUACCAGAGAACACCCAGGAGGAAAAUGAGGGAUUCUAUGAUACCACUUGAGGAUGGAGUGGGACUUGGCAGCGACACUGCUGAUCUGGGGUCACCCACACUCCUGUGUGUUGAACUGCCUGGACCUGAUGACCCCUGGCCUACAUCAGAUAAGAGCACGCCUUAGUCCGAUUACAAUGAUUCUGAGAAUAAAAAUGAAGAUAAGAGGCUGGAGACAGUGCUGCCUGCUCCUCCCCUGCCCUCUUCUAGUGUCCAUGAGCAUCUGACAACUGUGGUGCACACAAACCCAUGCAGACACGAUACAUAAGACUUUAUGAAGUGGAACUUAAAACGGUCCCAAAAUAUCAGUCAAUUUCCAGAGUGUUUGUCUCCCUGGUUUACCAUCUGACCCAAAGGACAGCGCAGUGGAGCCAGGAACUGGAAGAGAAGCACAUGAACCAGGUAACCAGUGUCGUUGGUGAAAGAACAAAGACGGCCUGAGGACAGUGAGCAUAAGCAGCUCCAGGAAGGAAGAACAGAGCCCAGUGAUGAGAAUGAGCGUGUGGCUGAGUGGAUCGGAAGCCUUCCACUUAUUAUCAUGGGCUGCAGAGAUGACUCGGCAGAUA